CCUUGCCCUGAUGAUCGAUCGUCUGCUCCAGCAGCAUCGCUAUUUCCGAGCGCCAAAACAGAUCCGACGUCGUCUCAAAACAGUACGAGUUGGGGCGGGCGUGGGUGAUAUACAGCGCGAGUUUGUGAGUUUGAUACUGCCGCGGUAUCGGGAUGGUUUGAUGUGUUCCUACCACACCUACCCCUGCAGUCGAGGCUCUCGCACCAUGGUGUGGACCCACCGUGGUACCCAGCCCACUGGAGAGAGACCGAGUCCAACGCUUUUCCAACAUCACAAACCAUCAACAAAAUAUGGGUCCAAAACGUUAGUUUCAACAAGUAGUAAGCAGUUGAAAUCGUCUAGAAUCAAGUUGUCAACAUCUACCUGCAGACUUGCUCAAACAGAGUUACCACUGCCUGAAAGCAGAAUAUCUUCUUCGCCCCGUUUAAACUUUGAACACGGUAAUCAAUCAGCAUCAGAAACAAUGUCGCCUCUUAUUGAUUCCUUUCCACUAAUUAAUAACAAUCCAAAAACGCAGGAAGAGGUUAGAUCUUCAUCCAACAAUAACGCCGAUAGUGCAUACCCACUCACUGCAAACGAGGCGUUACGCUUAUAUGGCAGUUAUCUUACGGAUUACGAAAAGACUGAAAUAGAGAAGUAUUCCAAAAUUUGGUAUCUAGGAAUUAAGGCUAGGAAAAUUCACGGGAACAAAAGUGGAACACAUAACGGUGGAUAUGACGAUGAGAGUGGAAGUUAUAAUAAGGUGAUGCACGAUCAUAUCAGCUAUAGAUAUGAGAUUCUGGAAGUUAUAGGAAAGGGAAGCUUCGGACAGGUGAUAAAGGCCUUAGACCAUAUGACCAAUAAGCACGUAGCCAUUAAAAUUAUAAGGAAUAAAAAACGAUUUCAUCACCAAGGCCUAGUGGAAGUCAGGAUCCUGGAUCGUAUAAGGAAAAAGGAUCCGGACGAUAACAACAAUGUCAUACAUAUGUUAGAGUAUUUCUUCUUUAGGAACCAUUUAUGUAUAAGUUUCGAAUUGUUGAGUUUGAAUCUAUACGAAUUGAUCAAAAAGAAUAACUACCAAGGAUUCAGCCUCAACCUUACACGAAGAUUUGCCAAAAGCUUACUCAAGUGUCUUCGUUUAUUGAAUAAAGAAAAUAUCAUACAUUGUGACCUUAAACCGGAGAAUAUAUUGUUGAAACAAAGAGGAAGUACAUCGAUAAAAGUAAUUGAUUUCGGUAGCUCUUGUUACACGAACCAGCGCAUUUACACUUACAUCCAAUCCAGAUUUUAUAGAUCACCUGAAGUAAUACUGGGGUUAUCUUAUGGAACAGCUAUCGAUAUGUGGAGUUUAGGCUGCAUCUUGGCGGAGUUUUACACUGGUUAUCCUCUAUUUCCCGGUGAAAACGAGGUGGAACAACUCGCUUGUCUCAUGGAAGUUUUAGGACCCCCUCCGGAUGAUCUCAUUGCAGCAGCUACCAGAAGAAGGCUAUUUUUUGAUUCGCAAGGAAAUCCCAGGUGUAUAACAAACUCCAAAGGCCAUAAAAGAAAACCGGGCUCUAAAAAUCUACAAAUUGCACUGAGGUGUAACGACCACGCAUUCAUAGAUUUCCUUUCUGGAUGUUUACAGUGGAACCCUAAGAAGAGGAUGACACCCGAAGAGGCCUUGAACCACAGCUGGUUCAUCUCGUUAUCCACCUCAAACAUGCAAGACUACGAUCUUCGCCACAGCCUCUCCGAUCUGAACAUAGGGGCUGAUCUGCAUUCUCCCAGUAGCACGUCUGGGAGCAGCCAGAGCCACGAUAAAUACAACGUGGUACCUCAGAGAACCGAUAGAAUCAAGGCCAAAAUGAUAGAUAACAAGUCGCAUGUCAAGUUCAAGUUGGACAAGAACCAAACUGGUACCUUCCUGCCGCCCAUCCUUUAGUUCGUGGAGAGUGUCAGCUCUUUGUACCUGAGCAUUGGUAAUGCUUUAUGAAUGUAGAAGAAUGCGCUUGGAUCCACUGCGGUGUUUGCUGGUUGAGAGCAGUAGCUAGAAAAAAAUCGCUCCUUUAUUUCGAAAAUGAUGAAACUUUCAUUUUUAUUGAAAGGUUUUAACUGUUUUAAGCCAGCUGGGAAGCUGGUGGCAACUCUGCCAAAUGGAGCAAGAAUCGAAGCAUUUCGGCCUUUCAGAUUACCUUAAUUGCGAGUGUUUUGAACUUUUCAUAAAUUUACAAGUUUCAGUGGGGAAGGCAAUGUUAAACGUUAACAACAAAAAAGGAAAAAGAUGUUUCAGGACAAUAAAAUGAAUGUAUUAUUCACGAAGGAUACAUUGAAUACCUAUGUGUGGAUUGAAAGGUACAUAGUGAAAGGAUGUUGGUGUCAUCAUACAUUUCUUUGGUACAUUCAGUUCUGGGUUCUGUGGCACUGUUUUUUUUUUAAACAGCUCGUGAAUUUAUCAUUGGAUCUCGAAGUAUAUUGAAAAUUGAUAUUGUUGCCUCCCUACGAACUUUCAUUGUGUACCUUCAGUUGUUGUUAUCAGAUCUUCAGAAUAGAAAAUUACUUCCGUAUUAUAGACUUGGAACUUACCACAGGUUUUGUAUUUCCAUCACUUAGUGAUCUUCCCCAUGAGUAAAAUAUAUACAUUUCUAAUAUAGAUACAGGCCUGAAAGAAAACGAGAAAUUACUACCGAUUGGAUAAAAUCCUCAUAUAUCAAUAAAUAAACGGUUAUCACCAAGAAAUUUCUUUAACUUCCAUAAAUUCUGUGAUCUUUAGAGAUAUCGUACUCCAUUAUUUAUAGCAGCAACUUUCUAGUAGUAUCGUUAUUGGAAUGUUUUAUUUAUAGUUCUAUCGAUUUCUAUCAACUCCAAGAUCCAUUAAUUCUCUCAGUAUGACCAAUUUUUCCAAUCAUUUUUUAAUGGACGAUGACCAAAGAACGAAUAUAUCGCGAACUCUUCUCUCGAUCUGUUUAGAUGAAUAAAACCAGUAGGGAAAUCGUAAAACUAUGAUAUAUUGUGUAAGUAAGCCAAUUUAACAUAGUCCUAGGAAAAUUGUUCUCAACAUUUUCGAAGGAAACAUUCAUCAUGUUUUCAUCACUCAUAAAAGUCACUCGCCUUAGAAUAACAUAAUAUUCGAAUCACAUAUAUUAUACAUAUUGCCUUUUUAUUUGGUUCAACAAAUAAAAUAUUUUUACGCUAGUUCAUCAAUUUAUUUCUUUUUUGAUAUCAUUUUUCAUAUGAUAAGUGCAAUCACAAAAAAUGUCCUUCGAUCUCAAAUGAUUAUUGUAUUUAUAUUUCAACUGAAUAUUACAGAUCAUAUAUAUUACAGAAUAUAUAUUGUGUAUGAAUGUCAAGAAAUGAUACCCACUCAAAAAAUGAAUACAUACUACCUUGAAUUUUAUAGUUUCAUAUUCGAAACAUCUGUUUAUCUGUACAAGAUUGGUAGAAACAUUGAAUGAAUGGAUCAAACGAUUUCAAAAAUUAUGAUUUUGUUGAAAGUUGAAAUAAAGAAUUGGUAUCUGAA